AUGCCAGCAGUAAUAUACCUAAGCCCUGCGAGCCCAUCUUCAAAGUCUUUGAUCUACUUCGUUACCGGUAAUCCUGGCCUGAUCAAAUAUUACGAGCCCUUCCUCACCUUGCUGUCCUCGCUCUGCAAUGGCUCUCACGCAAUAUAUGGGCGAGAUUUACUCGGCUUCUCGCAAGAGGAUACGACCCUUUACGACCUAGAAGGCCAGAUCGAAGGCAUCUACGCCGACAUCCGCGCGCAGGUCAAGGCUGGCGGGUACGAGAAUGUUCUUCUCAUGGGCCAUUCUGUCGGCACGUAUAUCGCUGUCGAAAUCAUGGCCCGCAGUCUGGCGCGAGCCGACCUAACAAUACAGAACGCCAUCUUGAUCACGCCAACGUUGACAUGGCUCGGCAAAUCCUCCCGCGGAAAGCAACUUGAUCGAUUGACGACUUGGCCUGUUAUCAGCAACAAUGCAUACCUCGUCGCCAAAGGAUUCCUCUUCACCCUCCCCGACGUUUGCAUAAGAUGGGCGUUGGGUACAGUCAUGGGAUUCACACCCGCAGCAGCCGAAGUCACACGAACUUUCCUCCGAUCGCCGCAAGGAGUACGUGAGGCGCUGCAUCUCGGGGCAUCCGAGAUCCAUACCAUCAAAGAGGACGUCUGGGCCGAUGAGGUCUUCCAAAUAGCAGAGGCUGGGGGUGUCAAGAGGAUAUUCGCACUGUACGCUGAAGAUGACCACUGGGUCGAUGAUGAAGUCAGGCAAGUGUUCGUGAAGCGCAGAGGGGACGACAUGGAAUGGAUUUUGAAGAGCGUCAGACAUGACUUCCCCACCACAGAAGAAUCUACGGUCAAGGUCGCCAGGAUUGUUUCCGAUUGGGUUUGGCAGACAAAGGGAGAGCAAUCGCAGUAA